AUGGGCGCUGUAGAUUGGUCGGGUUCGCCGGCCUUUGCUUCUUCUUUUCCUCCAUCUCCUCCUGGGGUUGAGACGGGGAGUGUCCGCCACCGGAUGCUCUCUUUCGCUUUGUGCCUUUGGGGUUUCUGUUGGUUUUGUGGGGGAUUCUGUCGGUUUUGUGGUGAGGUGAAAACGGUGGGGGUUCGGGGCGCGUUAUUCGGUCAGCCUUUUCUCUGUGGGUGGGUCACCGGCUCUUGGUGGAGGGAGUGGAUAGGUUUGCGCUGGGACAGAGGUCUGACUCGGGAGGUUGUCUUCGACUCUCGUCUCCCCGAUGACUCCGGUUUGGUGACUGUAGUCCUCGAGACGCAACAACUGAUUAGUGUGAAGGGGAGUACAUUUGGUUCUGGUCUCUCGGAGUUAUUUGUGGUGGUCUCUUGGGGGAGGCUUCAGUUUUCCGCUUUGGAGUCGGUUGGAUGGCGAAAGUCCUGGGUGCUUGUCAGAGUCGCCGCUGCUGGUGAGCCGGGCGAAUCCCCAAAAUUUGCCCUUUAUGGGAUUUUUUAUCUUGGGCUUGAGUUGUACCUGGAUCGGGCCCUUUUUCCAAGCCGAUUCGUUAGGCAACUGGAUAGGACAGUGAGGGAUGGUGGGGUUUGCAUGGUGACUGUGGAGGAGUACGGGCCGAACGAGGUGAAAGAGAUUGUGAAAUUGUUUAAAAAAUCAAGGUUUGUUGAUGUAGAAAAUAUGAGUUUAGCUGGGGAGAGAAGGACGAGAAUUGUUAUGAAAGUUGAUGAGAAUUCAUGA